ACUUCAUGGAAAACUAUCCGGGUGAAUUCGUUUUUCACCAUUAUCCAUUAAUGGCUGUAAUGGGCCUGGGGGCUCAUAAGGACAUUGAGAAUUCUAUAUCGCCUCCGUCGUCACCUAAUCAACCAAAAUCUCCUGCAUCAAGACGUAGCUCGACAAGUACUCCAACUCAUUCAAUAUCAACACGACUGCAGCUGUCAAGAAUUUUACUUAAUAUAUUAUUGGCUAAAGGCCAGGAUAAUGUAUGGGAGCCACCUAAGCACGGAAAUGUAAUGUUUCGUGUGGUAGCAUUAGAAAAGAAUCACCAAUUCCCAGUCAAAAGGACAGGAAAUAAAGCACUGUCGUCUACUAAUUCACAUUCAUCGCUGUCUCCAAUGACACCUGAUUCUCCAUUGUAUCCCGAUGGCGUGUUUACUCCAAUAUGGGUGAAGAAACACCGGGAGGCAAUUCCCUCUGUCGUUGUUGGGUUCUAUGACUUGUGGGAAUGGUCAAUGGGAGGAGUGUCGAUUGAAGAAAGAGAAAAGCUGCCACCUGUACCAGAACCAUUGGGUAAUAUUAACCCUAUAGAAAAAGAGAAGGACACCGACCUUAUAGCUGAGAUUAACGAACGAAAAAAGAGUAUUACAGAUCGAGGAAUUAAAUAUACCGUUGUGAUAUUAUUGAAGUCACAACAUGUCGACGACUCCAAUAUCGAUGAGAGAUUGAAUUAUAUAAAAAAAAUGUGCAGUCUUGAAGGAAAAAAUAUGUUUUUUGUCCUUCCUCCAAGCUCUCCAAACGAACUACAAGAGUUUGCCACAAAUCUUCAGAAGUCACUUUAUGAUCAUGCUCUCGCGUAUUAUCGUGAGCUUAGUAAACGUAUAAAGAAGAAGCGAUCUCGAUUACCAUCAACCACAAGUGGUCCAAAUAUACGCCGUGAAGAAAAGUCAGAUAAUACCCACCAACCAUUAAUCGUUCAAGGAUGGAUGAUCAGAUAUGAUUAUAAAAUGGCGACGUUCGCAGAAUUUAGACAAGAGAUCGAUUCUGCUAUCAAGUAUUACAUAUCAGCAUACGAUCUGUUAGUAGAUAUGUUCGCUCCUGUUCCACAAAUAACGCCCAAUGCUCCCCGACUGAUUCCGCGAACGAAGCGAUGGGCAGAGGCAAAAGUGCUUGCUGACAGUAUGAAUCUCAAAAUCUGCAAGUUAUAUCUUUAUCUCUCUGGCUAUACUCAAUCAGUAUCUCAUCUUAACAAGCAUAUUUCUACCUUUCACGAUCUAUCCAAUUCGUUUCAUAUGGGCGAGGACACGUUCGAAUACUGGGCAUGGAAGACUAAGCAAUAUCGAUCAUUUGGAGAUUUACUUGAUAUUGCUGUCAGAAAUGGAUUUAAGAUUCCAUCUUUUGAGACAUUAAUAUUGCAACAUGCUGGUUUCCAUUACCAUCAAGCUGCGAUGUGUAAUAUAGUACGACGAAGGAAAUUCUUGGCGGUGGAAGCAUUAUCAAAAGAGUCAUCCGAUGCUCCCAAUCUUCCUCCCCAAGCAUUACUUACAGCCGAAGGUAGUGUUGAUCAUUCUGCUCUGACCAUCGAAUUGCUCACCAAAUCAUAUGAACAGUUCAAAAAGUACAAAUCUGGUCGAAUGACGUUGUAUCUGGCAUCAGAAAUAGCCGGAACAUAUUUUGAUGUUAACAAAUACGAAAUGGCUUUAAGAUUCUUUGAGCGUAUAGCGAAAACAUAUCGCAAAGAAUCUUGGCAUACUGUCCUAGAAUCAAUAUUACGAUGGUCUUUGAAGUGUGCCAAGGAAAUUGGGUCCUGGGACACUGCAAUUGAGAUAAUGGUCGAAUUGCUAUCUGAUCGAUUUACAAUGAGUGAAGAAGCAAGACUCGAGGUACAGAAUGAUUUGAAAAGUAUCUUGUUUCAGCCAAACAGUCCUUCAUCUACACUCCGAAUUGACAUGGAUCAAAUCAACUCAUUUGUAACCGUACACUUUCAAUUUAAACGAUCAACAACGUUUGUUGGCACAUCGACACCAUUUCAGCUCUCACUCGGCACUUCUCAUACAUCACCCCCGGUUCCAUUUCAACUCUCGUUUAUUCGAUUAAUAUUCAGUGAUCCAUACUUUAAUCAUUAUAUACGAUGUGGACAUAUAACUAAUAGUGAGAAGAGUAAAGAAAAGCUGCAGUAUGUGGAUAUUAAAAAUGUAAAGCAAGAAGAGAUCGAGGAAACUGGAGUCGUAUGGGUGAAGGACGUUGAAUCCGAGAUAAGGAAGAAUAGUAUUGUCGUAUUUGAAGGUCUUGUUAUACCUAAGGAGAGUGGUGACUUAACAUUAAUGUCUGUAUGCUUAGGCAUAGUUACAUCUUCUUGGAAAGUAGAAUUGAACUUUAGCAUUAAUGAGCAAGGGGAAGGUAUUCCACGACGCAAGUGGAUUGAGCUAGGGACUGAGAAUGAAGUUACUAGACCCAGAUUUAUCAAUCUUGAAGGAUCCGGAGAUCGACCAUCUAUAAAAGUAAUUCAGAAACAAGCAAAAAUUGACUUUAAGGCCUCGCAUCACCCUCCAGCCCUCUUAAAUGAAAUGUAUCCCAUCGAGCUUAAAAUCACAAAUAACGAACCGGAAGAAGUAAGGGUGAUUAUGAAUGCUGAAAUAAUGGCUGCUGAUGCACAGGCUUCCGACGAGUAUAUAACCUGUGAUUCUGCUGGCGAAGAGAUAUCAUCUCCAACACUAAAAGAUACCGAUCUUGGAGUUAUUCAAUCGGGAGAGUCUAUUACAAAGGUCAUUUAUAUCGCCGGAGAGAAUACGGCUAUUUCGAGAAUAUUACAGAUAUCGUUGUGGUACGCCAUAUCGUCUUCCUUGCCGACACACCCGCCACCCGCCCAAGGCUGGAUUGAAAAGCAAGAAGACAUCCGCAUUCAAUAUACCCUCCCUUUUGAUAUUACAUUUUCUAACCUUCCCCAAAGCGCUCCGCCGGAAUAUCAUAAUAAACAUCAAGCCAUCUCAAUUGAUCGAAUAGACAGAUAUCUCUUGGUAGCACGAGUGGAAAAUGCUAGUCCAUGGGUAUUGGAUGUUGAAAGUGUUGAACUGAUGACAGAUAAUGGAACUAGAGAAGACAACAUUGUGUUGGAGGUCGAAGCGAAAGCAGUUGAAAUUGAAGAGAGAAAUCAGAAAAAAUUGCCAUGGAAACCAGGCUAUAUAUUUCAAGGAAAUUAUUUACUCCGUCUCACUAUACCUGAUAUUACGUCUAUACCGAAGUCUGUCGAUAUUGGAGCUCUUGCUGUCAAAUGGCGACGUCAAGGAACGAUUUCGCCGGUGAAGCUGACUACAACAACCAUUCCAGUAACGCCUCUACUUCUCCGACAGCCUGACCUAUCCGCAGUAAUAUGUGAGAUUUCGUCUCCCUUUGCUCUCCUGCUCACUCUAACGAUUCCACCAACCCUAAAAGUAGGACACCUUUUCACUCUUACGUAUACUCUUUAUAAUCAGACACCGGUUACUGCCGAAAUAUCCGUCUCUGUGGAAGUAAACGAAGCAUUUGUUUUCUCUGGAUAUAAGCAGACAUUCUUCAGGGUUCUUCCAUACAGUGAAUAUGUAUUCAGAGUGAAUUGCUUCCCAUUAGGUGCAGGUAAGAUUCGACUGCCAAAAGCCAAGUUUGUGAACAAGAGGGAUGGAGGAGAGGAGAUCAAAGUUAUUGGAACAGGAGUGAGAGAUCUUAUUGAGGAUGAAUGGUAUAUCGUGUUUGUUAAGCCGAAGACAGAGUUUUAA